AUGUCUUUGAGUAAAGACGACUACCGAGAGAGGAUUAUAACUGAAAUAGUCGACACUGAGGUUACAUAUGUUGACUCUUUACACACAUGUAUGGUGUAUUACUACGAACACUUUCUGAAUGAUACUCCUCAAGUUAUAAGCACAAAACAAACGGAAGACAUCUUUCUCUUUUUCGAUCAAGUGUAUAACACAAACAAACAGUUUUUGUUGGACAUCCAGUCGUCAAAAGUUGCUCAAACGCUCUCACAGAACAUCGGGGAGUUGUUCAAGAACUUCAUCCCGUAUUUCAGAGUGUACUACCAGUUUCUUGGAAACACUGCUAUUUCGUUACAUACACUAACUCAACUCGAGCAAUCAAAGACCAUCGCAAAUUACUUUGAGAAACUCAGAAUAGCUAUUCCGGGACAAAAUAAGUUGGACGUUAGAGGUUUUCUUAUUAUGCCUGUUCAACGCCUCCCUCGCUAUAACUUACUUUUAACAGACUUACUUAAAAAUACCCCGCAGACACACACCGACUAUCCCUAUUUAAUCGUCGCACUCAAAGAAAUGAAGAAACUUACCGACUCUGCAAAUAAGGCGAUUACCGCCGCGGAGAGGCGGAGGAAGUUGUUUCUUGUAGAGACUCGUAUCUCCGGGUUCUCGGGGACUCUUGUUGAGCCGCACCGAGUGUUUCUUAAAGAGGGAAGUCUUCGAAAGGUAUGUCGGAAAACGACGAAAAGUCGAUACUUCUUUCUUUUCAAUGACAUACUUAUAUACGGAUCAGGUGAUCAGAGUCACGUGAGUGUGUCUCAGGUGUCCGAUGUGGUGAAUAUAGUCGUGAAAGAUAUUCCGACGUCCGUCAAUUCGUUUGAAAUCUUCACUGAUAAGAAGUCGUUUAUUGUGUUUGCUGAGAAUGUUGUUGAGAAGCGCGAGUGGAUGGACGAGCUUGAGAAAGCCGCAAAGGCCGAAGUUGAAAAUUUGAAAACACGGAACAAAGAAAGUGAUGCGUUUAUCAAGCCAUUGUUUGUACCGGAUGACUCUGUGACGAAGUGUAUGUUAUGUGGUAAACAAUUCUGUUGCUUUGAGAGAAGACAUCACUGUAGGUUUUGUGGCAAAUGCAUUUGCGAUGACUGCUCCAAAUACCGAAUGCCAUUACCACCACUCAAUUUAUUGGAAAGAGGAUGUUCCGCUUGCUUUGAUCGACUUGUGCUCUCCGCAAGACCAGUCGAUAAAGAUAAAAUAAGAAGCUCAAUAUAUGGAAAUUCAUCAGUCGAUUCGACUAAUUAUUAA